AUGUUGCUCGAUGCGGGACCCCAGUUCCCGAGCCUCGGGGUGGGUACAUUCGCCAGGCACCACCACCACCAUCACCACCACCACCACUCUGGCGCCGAUAUGUCCGAACGGGACCUCGGCUUGUCUCAGAACAGCUUCGUCGACUCGCCUCACAUGGGAGCUUUCAAACUGAACAGCGGAGUCCACCACGACCUGUCGUCCCCGGGUCAGAGCUCGGCUUUCAGCUCGCAGGCGACCGCCGGGCCGGGCUACGCGGCCGCUUUAGCUCCCCACGCCGCUCAUGUGAGCUCCUACUCGGGCGCGGCUUUCAACUCCACCCGGGAGUUUCUGUUCCGGAGCCGAGGCUUCAGCGAGUCGAGCCCAGGCUCCAGCCAGCACGGGAUCUUCGGGCCGAACCCGGGCAGCCUUCACUCCGAGCCCCCGGGGCAUCUGCUGUUCCCCGGGAUUCACGAGCAAGGAGCGUCCCAUUCGUCCCCAAACGCUCACGUCCUCAACGGCCAGAUGCGCCUGGGUCUACCCGGGGAAGUGUUCGGCCGCUCGGAUCAGUGUCCCAGGACUGACCCUUACUCGGCGGCUCAACUCCACCACCCCAACUAUAGCCACAUGAACAUGAGCAUGAAUAUGGCAGCUGCUCACCACCAUCAUGGCCCUGGAGCUUUCUUCAGGUACAUGAGGCAGCCCAUCAAGCAAGAGCUCAUCUGCAAGUGGGUCGACCCCGAGCAGAUGAGCAGCCCCAAGAAAUCGUGCAAUAAAACUUUCAGCACCAUGCAUGAGCUGGUCACCCAUGUCACGGUGGAGCACGUCGGCGGACCCGAGCAGACCAACCACAUCUGUUUCUGGGAGGAGUGCGCCCGGGACGGCAAACCUUUCAAAGCCAAAUACAAACUGGUGAACCAUAUCAGGGUGCACACGGGAGAGAAGCCGUUCCCCUGCCCUUUCCCUGGCUGUGGGAAAGUUUUCGCCAGGUCGGAAAACUUAAAGAUCCACAAACGCACCCACACAGGUGAAAAGCCAUUUAAGUGUGAGUUUGAAAGCUGCGACAGGCGCUUCGCUAACAGCAGCGACAGAAAGAAGCACAUGCAUGUGCACACUUCAGACAAACCCUAUCUGUGCAAAAUGUGUGACAAGUCCUACACACAUCCCAGCUCUCUAAGAAAACAUAUGAAGGUGCACGAAUCGUCACAAGGUUCGGAGUCCUCACCGGCAGCGAGCUCUGGUUAUGAGUCGUCUACUCCCCCGGUCCUGGUCUCUCCGUCUACCGACCCCCAAAACAGCAAUAAUUUAUCUCCUGCCUCGUCUGCAGUGCACACUAGCGCCGGCAUUUCCUCCAACUUCAAUGAAUGGUACGUUUAAAGAGCAAAGAAACGCAAAAACACACAUACACACACACACAUAGACACACACAACACACACGCAAAGACUACAGGCCUCCAACUUGGGGGAUCGGCGUCAGUGCUAACUUAACGUAAAAAACAAAAUGUAAAAACAAACUUUUUUCCCAGUUAAUGGGAAACGGAGAACACUGUAACCCUUCCGUACAAGCAAUAUCCAGUUCCAGAGAUUUUGCAGAGGCGAAGAUCAGCAUUAUUUAUAUCUUACUGAAUGAACCUUUUGACUACUUUUCCAACUUGGAACACAGAGUUGCAGCCUGUUAGUAUGAACUGUACCUGGAAUCCUUGAUGAAACACAGUCAUUCUGCGGUGACUAUGGAUAUCUUUCCUAAGGAGACAUGACAUUUCCAGAUUGCGCACAAAAUGGAAGCUUGAAGGACACAGAAAUGAUUGCCUUGUCGCUGUGUUUUAAUGUUGAGAUUUAUGUCACCUUUUUUCAGGGCGACCGAUUGUAAAAUCUUCAUGC